AGAUUCCACUUGACAGUGUCUCUCUACCGUUCCGAACUAAAAGACCACACUGCAGAUAUGGCGGAUUUGACGACUCUCUGAUCCGCACAACACACAAAACAAUCUCAAAAAUCCAAAAACCCUUGUCCCAAAAUUCUCAAUUCAGGGUCUCUAAUGGCGUCCCAUCGAUUAAUUGAUCUCUCCGUGCUUUCUUGCCUUCUUUUCUUUGCCUCGUUGUGUCUCAUUUCUUCAACUUCAACGGUCUUCUCUGUUGAUCUCCCUCUCAACUCUUCCGAUAAAGUCUCUCUGGGACUAUACUACGAGAGCCUUUGCCCUUACAGUGCCAAUUUCGUCGUUAAUUAUCUGGCAAAAAUCUUCGUUGAUGGACUUAUUGACAUCGUGGAUCUCAAUCUUGUCCCUUGGGGCAAUGCCAAGCUCACGGGCAACAGCACCUUCGCUUGCCAGCAUGGUCCAUGGGAAUGUUUGCUGAACACUGUGGAAGCAUGUGCAAUCAGCGCCUGGCCUGAUGUGAAUGGUCACUUUACUUUUGUCUAUUGCGUUGAAUCGCUGGUGUAUGAGGGCAAGUAUACCCAGUGGGAAACAUGCUUUGAGAAACUGGGUUUGGAUCCAAAGCCUGUUGCUGAUUGCUAUAGUAACGGACAGGGGAAGGAGCUUGAACUACAAUAUGCAGCAGAAACAAAUGCCCUUGAACCUCCCCAUACAUAUGUGCCAUGGGUAGUUGUGGAUGGACAGCCACUUUAUGAAGUUAGUUUCUUCGACUCUGUCACCAUAUUGUGGACGUUUUUGUACUUUCACUGUUUGUGUCGAUUGGACCAUAGACUAGAAGGCAGUGCUUUUUUCUAAAGCAACAAAUUCUUCUUAUUUUCUGUGAAUUUCUUGGCAAACAAUUAAUAACUUUAUCCUAAGUACAUGGGGCUCAUUGAUUCUUAGUACCAUAAAUUUUAUCCGGAGGAUGAAUCCAAAAAGAAAUAUUAUUGGUACUACCUCCUAUUUUUAUGAACCAAAUGAAUCGUUUUAACCUAGGAUCAAAAGAAAAUGGAUACAGUAGAUCUCUUCAGGAAAUGUUAUUACUUCUCUUCUUGCAGGAUUAUGAGGACUUUAUAAGAUACAUAUGUAAGGCGUACUCAGGCACUGCCAUACCCCAAACGUGCAGCAACUUAUCCCUCAACAGCAUUCGCAAGGGAAAAGUAAGCUUUAUCAAGCCAGUCUGCUAUUCAGACGAUACAACCGAGUCUAUAAGAUCAGGCAUAAAAUCGUGGAAGCGCUAAGUUAAAAUGGCAGCUUCAAUUUAAAUUUCCAGUAUUCCUGUUUAGUUUUCUGUAUUAUUGAUAUGUUCUAUGUAGAUGUAGUAGGGGAAACUUCAAUUGGCUUUUCGAUAUGUGCACUUUGUAGUAAAGUCAAUGAAUGAACUAUAUGUUUGUUUUGUUGAUAAUGAAUGUGGUGCUAUUUAUUAGUUGGAUUGAACCUGGCUUGAUUGAUUUAGAAGUGAACUUGUAUGGUAU